UAAACUUGGCGUGAGUACUUUUACUGGGAAAAUUCAUCACAUCACACAUUUGUGUGUAUUACUACGUGAACGAUCGUGUCUGUGAUACAUCAGUGUUAAAAACCGUAAAAUAUGAUAGGAGAAGGGUACAAGAAAAUGCCGUCAAGUGUAUCUAGCGUACCUUUAAUAAGGCCGUCAGUGUUUAGACAAGUCACAGAUUUUGCAAAUGUUUUUAAAGCAUUUAUUGGAACCAACUGGAUUGGUCUGCCAUUUGCUUUUAAACAAAGUGGAAUUGUGCUUGGAUGUGUGGGAAUCGUUAUCAUUGCACUCAUCACAGAUCACUGUUGCCAGUUGAUCAUCAAGUGUAAGAAAGCCGCCGUCCAAAUUGUUCUAGACUCAGCCCCAAAGUCAGAUGAUAUUGAAUCCCUGGAUACAGACAUGACUGACAUGCGAAACACUGUAGAGAAAAGGAUGUUUUUUGGAGAAAUUGGUAGAAUUGCUUUGGGCAAGAAGGGAGUGUUCCUUGUAAAUGCAGCACUUCUUACCACACAGUAUGGCUUCUGCAUUGGUUAUUUCAUUUUUUUGGGCAACACCAUUACAUCAAUGUUUCCUCCACCACAUAAUUCUUCCAAUGACACAAAUACUACAGCAAAGUCACAUGGGAAUUACCAUCCUCCUGCAUUUGCUCUGCUCAUUCUUGUGCCACUGAUCCCAUUGAUACUGUUUUCAUACAUUAGAAGUAUUCGUAAACUGGGUCCAGUAAGUUUUGCAGCUAAUGUGGCUCUCCUGGUGGCUUUUGUUUCAGUAGUGGGAUAUAUGUUAAGUGGUUUAAAAUUCAAACUAAAGGAAAUCAGGCUGUCAAACUGGGCUACAUUUCCAGUUUUUUUUGGCCAAGUGACCAGUGCUUAUGAAGGAAUUGGAACUUUGAUUCCCAUUGAAACCAGCAUGGCAGAGAACCGACACAGAUUCCCCUUGUAUUUACACUUUGCUGUUGGAUCCCUUUCAGUAAUUCUUGGUUGUUUUGGUAUUCUUGGAUACACAGUGUAUGGGGAAGAAGUAAAUCAGAUUGUUACAGAAAGCUUUCCUUCAGGAGCAUUGAUUCAAGUGGUUCGAUGUUUGCUGUGCUUUGCUAUACUCCUGACGUAUCCUCUCCAGGUCUUUCCAGUUAUAGAGAUCAUUGAGGGUUGGCUGUUUAAAUCUGACAAUAACACUGCAGUGGAGACCAGCACCAGCACUAACAGUGAAUCAUCUGAUGUAUCUGUAGGAAUACAGGCCAGUGAAAGUUCUUGGUUACUUGCACCAGAAAUACCAAAACAGAAAAGCUUGGCAAGGAAGUGGAAGAAAAAUCUGCUGCGAACCUUUAUAGUUUUGACAACUGCUGGCAUUGCUAUAGCACUGAAAGAUGAUUUUGCAUAUGUUAGUGCUAUUGUUGGUUCCAUUGGAAGUGCUACCCUGGGCUUCAUUUUACCUUGUAUUUUCCACUUGGUACUUUGUAAAGACUCGAAUACAAUGCUAAUCAAAGUCAAAGAUUGUUUAUUUAUAGCCUUUGGUAUCAUCGGAGGGGUUGUAGGUGUAACAAUAACGAUAGAACAGAUUGUUCAACAAUUUACUAAAAGUUAAUAACAAUUGUUUACAAUUGAGAAUGUUUUAACCCUUUAAGUCCUACUAGUAACCAAGACAGAAAUUCUCCUUAGGCUAUCAGUUCAAUAUCAAGCAGACAAGUAAUGAGAAUAAUGAAAAAUAUCAAUUUGGGGAUGAUUAGUUGAUCCAAUUCUACAUUCUCUGAACUAACAUUAUAAGAAUUGUAUGGUUGACAGUAUAGAGAAUUACAAAUUUGAUCUGGGAGUUAAAGGGUUAAACUACCUAUAAAGAGUAGCUUUAUGUUUUUUCAUAAUUUAUUUUAUUAUUUUAAUCUGAAAUAUUAGGCUUCAAAUUUUCAUAGUUAUGCUGCUUUGCAGCUAUGUUCAACUAUUUCCAGGAGGAAUUUUUUUAUGGGAAACAUUUGUUCCAAUUCAUUUUAUACAUACUGAAAGGAAACCCAGUGGGUAAGGAAUCGUAAAAAAUAUAAUUGUAGAAAUUAAUGAUUGAUUUUUGACAUUCACAACCAAGCAUAUACAAGUAGAAGAUAUGCCUGAGUAAUGUUUCCUUCUCAAUCAUCAAGUGUUGAUGCAGGCAAAAAAUGAUUCUUUAAAAACUAUUUUAAAAAUUCCAAUGGAGAAAACUGUUGAAACAAAAGUUAGCAAAAUAAGUUUAAAAAGUGCAAUUUAAAAUUAUGGAAAUUGCCAUAAAUAUUGUUUUGUUUUCAUUUGUGCUAACUUUGGGUGGUAGAGAACAAAAAUGAUGAUGUGGAGAGUGGAGACAAAAAAGUGAACUUGGAUAAGGGCUUGCUUUCACCAGAGGUGUUUGUUUUAAAACUUCCAAUGGAGAAAACUGUUUAAAGAAAAAUGAGCAAGAUAAGUUUAAAAACACACAAAAAAAUAGAAAUUUCCAUAAAUAUU